GAUCAAUCAUAUACCGUUAGAUUAAACUGCUAAGAAGCAAGAUUGGGGAUUUCCCUGAACUUCGCUCUCUGCAGAUCCUAUGGGACAGUGGUGCACAAUUUGAAUGAUUUUCAAGAAAUCCUCUCUCUAAAUUCUCGUGUUUACGUGUUGAAUCUCUUGAACCAUCUAUUUGACCCAAUAAUUCCCUACUGGAUUGACUCUGGGUUCGCACUUGUUCAUGGAUUUGACUCAAUAGUUCCUGAUUCACCUUCCUCCGUUGCUGCCUCUUGUGGGUUUACUCUUUUUUGGAUGAUUUGAAGAAGGUUUAAAGUAUAUUGGUGUUUUUGAAUUAUGGGUAGUAAGGAGAUAGAUAAAUCAUCAAAAGAAGGGAAGGAUGCAAAAACACCAGCCCCUCAGGAACAGUCAUCCCCCGCUACAGGAACUGUUAAUGCGGAUUGGUCUGGAUUUCAGACAUAUUCUUCGAUGCCUCCACAUGGGUACAUGGCAUCAAGUCCUCAAGCCCAUCCUUACAUGUGGGGAGUACAGCCCAUGAUGCCACCUUAUGGCACUCCACCAUAUGUUGCCAUGUAUCCUCACGGCGGUAUAUAUGCCCAUCCAUCUAUGCCUGCGGGAUCUUAUCCUUUCAGUCCAUUUCCUAUGCCUUCGUCUAAUGGGGUUGUUGAAGCUCUUGGUAACACACAUGGAAGUGUGGAAGCAGAUGGGAAGUCUGAGGGGAAGGAAAAACUACCUAUCAAAAGAUCUAAGGGAAGUUUGGGCAGCUUGAAUAUGAUUACUGGCAAAAACGGUGAACCAAGUAAAGGCUCAGGAACAUCUGCAAACGGAGCCCAUUCGAAAAGUGCCGAAGGGGGGAGCGAUGAUUCAAGUGAAGGAAGUGAUGGAGACUCAGAAAAUGACUCACAAUUGAAUUCAGGAGCUGAAGCAUCUCAAAACGGUGGUUCCCAGAAUGGUACAGGAAAGGCACCUCAUCCAAUGUUGAACCAAACUAUGUCCAUCAUACCAAUACCAGCUGGAGGGGCUACUGGUCCAACUACAAAUUUAAACAUCGGUAUGGACUAUUGGGGUGCCGCUAACCCUUCUUCAGUUCCUACUCUGCCUGGAAAGACGCCUGUUGGGGUUGGGAUCGGUGCUGCUGGAUCACGAGACAUUCAAUCCCAUUGGCUACAGGAUGAAAGAGAGCUUAAAAAGCAAAGACGCAAACAGUCUAACAGGGAAUCUGCUCGUCGGUCCAGGCUGCGUAAGCAGGCUGAAUGCGAUGAACUAGCCCAACGUGCUGAUGGCAUAAAAGAAGAAAAUGCAACUCUUAGAUCUGAAGUCAGCCGUCUCAGAAGUGAAUAUGAGAUGCUUCUUGCUCAGAACGUUGCUCUUAAGGAAAGGCUAGGGGAAAAUGCAGGACAAGAAGAUGAUCCAAAACAGACUAAGCCAAACUGAAUAAGGAAAUUGGCUUCGGGUAAUUUAAUACUAACAGUUAUUUACAUGAAACGUGAUGUAUUGCAUAGUAUUUAGAUUCAAGAUCUGUUGAAGAACUCGGGCUUUUUUUAAGUCUCGGGUGAUCAGCUUGUCUAAUGUUCUUCACUCGUCUGGUUGCAAAUUCUUUCGGCCAUCGUUCAAGGUCGAAAACCUCCCGGAUGAUUGAUUUGAAAAUGUAGAAACUGACCCUUUCGCCAUCAGAUAAAGAAUUUCUAGAAUUCUUCCUUAUAAUUGUAGCUUAAAUGUAACUUGUAUUGUUCCCUAUCGACCAUGUUUGCUGGGAAUCAAUAAACAUUUUCGUGUUUGCUGACAUCUCUGUAUUUUUAUCUUUGAUUGUUAGUUAUUCUUUAGAAGUUUGUUUUCA